UGACAUGCUUAUCUCAAGAGUGUACUAAAAGCAUAUCAACCUAUCUUACAACUUAGUCCUCUCAAUCUCUCUGCCUUUGUUGCCUCAAUCUCCAUCAAUGGAAAGUAUUCCAAAACAUAUUAUUCCGAAAUUCAAUUUUUUUGCAGAUAGUCCAAGAUCACCCCUUCAACCUCCCACAUAUGGGAAUUUGAUUACUGUACUUAGUAUUGAUGGAGGGGGUAUCAGAGGGCUGAUUCCAGGAACUCUACUUGCCUUCUUAGAGUCCCAACUUCAGAAGCUGGAUGGUGAGCAGGCGAGAUUGGCAGAUUAUUUUGAUGUCAUUGCUGGGACUAGCACUGGUGGCCUCGUGACUGCCAUGCUAACUACCCCAAAUCCAGAAGAGGGGAAUCGCCCUCUUUUUGCUGCCAAAGAUAUCAAAGAUUUCUAUCUUGAACACUGUCCUAAAAUCUUUCCCCAAGAUAGUUCUCCCUUUGCACCAGCUGCAAACGUGGUCAAAUCUCUAAUGGGACCCAAAUAUGAUGGUAAAUAUCUUCAUGAUAUUGUGAGGGAAAAGCUGGGAGAAACUAGAUUGCACCAGACCCUAACAAAUGUUGUGAUCCCAACUUUUGACAUCAAGCAACUCCAGCCAAAAAUCUUCUCCAGCUAUGAGGUGAAGAGCAAUCCUUCCAAAGAUGCUCUGCUCUCGGAUAUAUGCAUAGGAACUUCUGCAGCUCCAACUUAUCUUCCUGCCCAUCAUUUUCAUACCCAAGAUUCUACUGGUAAACCUAUAGAAUUCAAUCUAAUUGACGGUGGAGUUGCUGCUAAUAAUCCGACUCUAGUUGCUAUAAACGAAGUGAGCAAAGAAAUCCUUCGAGGGAAUCCUGAAUUUUUCCCAAUAAAGCCAACUGACUAUGCUCGGUUCCUGGUUGUUUCUUUGGGGACUGGUUCACCAAAAUCUGAAGAGAAGUACCAUGCUACUCUAGCAGCCAAAUGGGGUCUUUUGGGAUGGUUGACCAGUGAGCACUCUACUCCCUUGGUGGAUAUUUUCAUGCAAGCAAGCAGUGACAUGAUCGACUUUCACAUUGCCACUCUUUUUCAAGCCCUUCAAUCUGAAAAAAGUUAUCUCCGAAUUCAGGAUGAUACACUAUGCGGGAUGGUCUCAUCUGUGGACAUUGCCACAAAAGAAAACUUGGAGAACCUUGGAAAAAUUGGGGAAGAAUUGCUGAAAAAACCAGUUUCUAGGGUGAAUUUGGACAAUGGUAAAUUUGAACCUAGUAAUAAUCAAGAUACAAAUGAAGACGCUCUCAUCAGAUUAGCUGAAGUGCUAUCUCAGGAGAAGCGACUUCGUGACAGGAAAUCACCAACUAGAAACCUUGCCGCAAAGAAGAACUGACCAGUUGGAAGUGUGCUAUACGCCCUGUGGUGUGGUGCCUUUGUGUUUUCCUUUCACUAAUUUUUUACGUGGAGCAAGAAAUUCUUAAGUCUUAAGACGUAUUUAAUCUUCUAUUUUUUCAAGUAUCUUAUAAGUAGUUUUGUUUUCGUAUAGAUGAAAUUUUCAAUUCUUUGUUAAUGCUAGGUUUAAUUCCUAGCUUAUAAUUAAUUUUUGUAUUCUUUUUAAAAUAUCAAUAAAAUCUCAAAAAAAAAAGUUAGUAUGCUAUUAAGAAU